GCCCUCGCCAACACCGUACUCCUUCAUAGCCCACAUAUUUGUCUCAAAUACACCACAUAGUAUCGCCGACAAUGAACGGCACUUCUAAACCCAGUUCGUCCUCGACAGCACCGCAGAAGCCGCUGGACGCAGACAUCGCGCUCCUGGCCUCGCUCCUCGCGCAGUCGGGAGACGAGGGUGACGUAGAGGGCUUGGAGCUACAGGAGCUCUUACAGCGGCUUGAGACGGCGGACGGCGUCGCACAGGGCGUCGAGCACCGUUUGGACGAGAUUAUUGGGAACUUGGAUCAGAUGCUCGGCGGAUUAGAGGACGCGGGUGAGACAGGGCAGAAGAGAGAAGGACAGGGAGAGCAGGAUAAGGCCGAAGGAGAGAAGGCGAAGUAAGACAACAAGGACAGCGUAGAAGAAAGGAGAUCGUGAAGCUGCCUGCAGAUAUGCUUUGGACCCCUCAUUCGCCACGCCGCGCCAUUCUUAGGGUCCCCCGGCGUGUAGAACGUUGGGGAGGCAGCUGUUCAUUGGGGACACGCCGGGUUCAGAUACCCGACGUCGACAUGUCGGUGGAUACCUUUGACAGAUGCGGUGCGUCGGACAAUGACGACUUUCCGUUCGAGCAGAUCGUCGUGCUGCAGUGGCGUGUAGCAAUAUGUCCUUCGGCGGCACCUCAAUGUAUAUCAUACAACGUCCUGGUGGACAGAAUAUGCUCCUCCUUUCUGCCUUUGUAAAAAUGACGAACGUGGUAGGAUGGUCGUUCGAAUUCCCACCGCGUAAAACGCCACAUAGAUCAUUUGGGUUCAUUUGGGAUUGCUCGCUCUCCUUGAGGUUCCCUUCAAAAUGUCAAUGUUUCUCGAAGUCCCCGCGUCCGAGCAUAUCGUAGCGGGAGAAUUAUCUCUCACAGGUAGCGUGCAUGCGUACGCUACUCUCAAAUCGGAGUUAUAUCGCGAAGCUUCUUGUCCCGCUGACCCAC